AUGGCGAUUAGGGCUCAGAAUCGAAAGGAGAUGGUUUCUCAACUCGCAAAAAACAAUAUGAUCGUAGCAGACAUUCUAUCAAGACUGCCUGUGAAGACCCUUUUGAGGUUCAACUCUGUAUGCAAGUUAUGGCACUACAUGAUUGACUCGAGCCUUGGCUUCCAAGCCUUGCACCACGAUCGAUCGCAGAGGAAACCUCGAUUCCUUUUGCGGUGGCCUGACUUUGAUUUUCGGCCGCUUGAACCCAUUGGAUGCCGGUAUCUGUAUAACUUUAUUCCGACAGACACCGAGGGGAACAUGUUCAGUCCGAUUCAGGUUAAGGUGCAAGAACCUGUUAAACUCGUAUUGCCAGGUUGCUUUGGUUUGCUUUGCUUAGCUACAGAGACACGUAUUUAUGUGUUUAACCCUAGCACCCGUCGUCUUCUUGCACUGCCAUAUGAUAGAAGUGGAAUAGCAGGAUUCGGGAUUGGAUAUCUGAGCUCAGCAAAAAGACACAAGAUUGUGCGGUUAAAUAUUCCUCGGCAAUCAAGAACUUCCUUGAACUGCAAACUAGAGUGCUCGGUUUUCACUCUUCUUCCGGAGAAAAGAGGACUUAAAUGGAGGGCAGUAAGAGAAGGUUGCCCAUAUUUGGUGGAUCAGUUCUGUUUUCCAGCUUUUGCUAACGAAACUAUUUACUGGAAGAUCGAUCUUGGGCAACAUCAAGCACUCCACAGGCAUAACGAUUUUAUUGUCUCGUUUAAACUUAGUGACGAGAAGUUCCAAACCAUAACUCAUCCUGCUGACAGGACUGACACUCCUCGUCACUGGAGAUCGCCUACUCGACAUUCAACGCAACUGGUGGAACUACGCGGGCAUUUGCACAUGGUGGAGACUUUAGAAUUAUCCCAUGUUGCAAUAUGGAGACUAACCAAUCCCGAGAAUUCCAUAUGGUCAAAAGCAUGCACAAUCGACAUAAGCAAAAUUUCUCCGAAUUUUGUUGGAGAACUCCAGUGCAUCAAGGGUACAGAAAUCAUAUUCAACUCUGGUACUCGUCUUCUGCUCUACUACGAUGAGGAAAAGAAAACAUUUAGAAUGAAGAUACUCCCUUGCUCUGCAGAAAAUCUUACCGUUUAUUGCGCAAGUCUUACUCCCCUGACAACAUCACAGGGAUAA